CUUAUAUUCCUACCGCGGAGGUGCUGCAGUGAUCCUGCCAUUGUCUCUUUCUCCAGGAUGGGUCCAGGAACCCUCAAUGAUUCAGGAACCCCAGAGUUCCUGCUGCUGGGACUGUGGGCUCCACCUCCUCUGCGCCCCUUACUGUGGGCCUCACUUCUCCUGGCGUACCUCGCCACGGUGUUGGGCAAUGGUGCCCUAGUGGGCCUGAUAGCUCUGGACAGACGACUACACCGGCCGAUGUACCGCCUGCUGACCCACCUGGCCCUGCUGGACACUGCCUAUGUGAGCACCACGCUGCCACAGGCGCUGGCACACAUGGCCAUGCACCAUGCUCGCCUCUCCCUGGCGCGCUGCGGGGCGCAGCUGUAUGUGGGCAUCUCCCUGGGCAGUUGCGAGGCCAUCCUUUUGGCUGCGAUGGCCCUGGACCGCUGCCUGGCUGUGUGCAAACCCCUGCAUUAUGCGACCCUGGUAACCGCGCCCCGCUGCGCAGCGCUGGCUGGAGCAUCCUGGACACUGGGCUUUGUACUCUCUGUACCCAAUGCAGUGGCCGCACUGCGCCUGCCCUUCUGCCCUGGGAGGCCUGCAGUGGACCACUUCUUCUGCGAGCUGCCGGCGGUGCUGAGGACAGCGUGUGCAGACACCACAGCCAACUACGGGCUGGUCUACGGCCUGGGUGUGCCCAUCCUCCUGGUACCCUUCGCCCUCAUCCUAGCCUCCUAUACCUGGAUUCUGACUGCAGUGUGCAAGUUGCCUUCGACUGGGAGUCGUCGGAAGGCCCUGUCGACCUGCAGCUCCCACUUGGCGGUGGUAGGGCUCUUCUAUGGCACAGUGAGCGCCAUGUACCUGCGGCCCCGAGCCUCUGCUGCUCUUCCUGCCAGACAUCAUAAGCUGGUGGCCGUUUUCUACCUGGUUGUCACUCCUGUCCUCAACCCACUCAUCUACAGUCUUCGAAACCGUGAUGUCCACCUGGCAGCCCGGUAUGCCCUGGCUCGGCUCCGGGGGAUGUGUACUGGGUUGCCCUAAACCACUUGG